AUGGCGCUUUUGCGACGCUAUGGGCUCUACACAGUCCUCGCCGUGGGCUUCAUCUACAUGCUCUGGUCGCUCAGCUUCCCAUACGAGCAACCUGGCGACGCGCCCAUAAACGGCAACCCACACCAGCAGAGCCAGCAACCACAGAGAAAUCAAAAGUACAAAUCCUUUAAUUGGGCAAAGGUGCCCUUUAAGAAUCGCAUCGAGAACCUCACACCGCUACCGACCGGCGAACCGAAAGCCCUACCGCCGAUACAGUUCAGCUUUGGUCAGGAGGAUGCUACGGCCAAGAACAUCCGCGAGACAAGAAAGGAAGAAGUCAGGAAACAAUUCCUGAAAUGUUGGAAGAACUACAGAACCUUUGCAUGGAUGCACGACGAGAUACGACCCAUAAGUGGAGAAGUAGCCGACCACUUUGGAGGAUGGGCAGCCACGCUCAUCGACGCGCUCGAUACGCUGUACAUAAUGGGCUUUGAGGAGGAGUUCUCUUCCGCCAUCAAGGAUAUCGAACGGAUCGACUUCGGGUACACCGACUUGGAUAGAGUCAACGUGUUUGAGACCAAUAUCCGACAUCUGGGUGGCUUGCUGUCAGCUUUUGAGCUAAGCGGAGACCAGAGGCUACUAAACAAGGCAAAGGAGGCGGGCGAAAUGUUAUACCAUGCAUUUGAUACACCCAACCACAUGCCGAUCACACGAUGGCAGUUCCGUGCCGCGGGCGAAGGCAAACCACAGGUCGCGGAUGAGCAGGUCCUACUCGCGGAAAUCGGAAGUCUGACUAUGGAGUUCACGCGUCUUUCGCAGUUGACCGCCGACCCGAAAUGGUAUGAUGCGGUCAACAGGGUGACGAGGGUUCUUGAAGAACAGCAAGACAAGACAAAACUACCGGGCAUGUGGCCGAUCGUUGUCAACGCUCGAAAGGCGGAAUUUACCGGUGAUAGCGGGUUCACUCUAGGAAGUAUGGCUGACUCAACGUAUGAGUAUUUUGGCAAGCAAUAUGCCUUACUCGGUGGCCAAGAUCCCAUCUACCGCAAGAUGUAUGAGAGAGCUAUGGACACUGCAUCUAAACACGUCUUAUUCCGACCAUCCACUCCUGAAAAUUCCGAUAUGCUCAUGUCAGGAUUCGUCCGCGCUGAAGGUGCCCAUCCAUACCUGGAUCCGGAAAUGCAGCAUCUGGCUUGCUACACAGGUGGUAUGUUCGCUCUAGGUGGGAAGAUGUUCCAGAAUAACGAACACGUUACAAUUGGUCGUAAGUUGGCAGACACGUGCGUAUGGGCGUAUAUAGCAUCCCCGUCAGGUAUCAUGCCCGAAGUAUCGCAUCUUCUCAAAUGCGCAAACACGACGACCUGCGUAUGGGAUGAGAAAGAAUGGUUAGAGGGUAUCGCUUCCCGAACGUCUGAAAAUGCAGAGGAGAAGGAUCCGAUCAAGAACAUCGCAAACCUUCGCCUGCCAAGCGGCUUCACCAGUAUCGAUGACAGGAGGUACAUUCUCAGGCCAGAGGCUAUUGAGAGUGUGUUUGUCAUGUACCGUAUCACAGGAGAGCAGCAAUGGCAGGCCGCCGCAUGGGAUAUGUGGACAGCUAUUCAGCGCUCUACCGACACUGACAUUGGUAACUCAGCGUUAGUAGACGUAUCGGCCGACUCCCCACCGAGGGCGGAUAGCAUGGAGAGCUUUUGGAUGGCGGAAACGCUAAAGUAUUUCUACCUAACGUUCAGCGAGCCGAACGUCAUCAGCCUGGACGACUGGGUGUUCAAUACCGAAGCCCAUCCAUUCAAGAUCCCGAAACCCAAGGCAGCGUAA